GCAAUAUUUCCUAAUUUGGUUCGCUACUCCCAUCUCAUUGGUUUCUUACAUCUGCAGUGCUAUGGAAUUACUUGGCGUGAAAGCAUUGUGCAAUCGACUUGCAUUUCACCACCAUUUAUGCCACAAUCUCAGGUCACUCGCUAGCCAAGCGGCUUCGAUUCAUUGAGGCUUCCACUGCUAGUGCACGCUUGGUCACGGAUGGAAAGGAGUUUCCAUAUUUCGUCAUUCUAGGUACAGAAGAAGCUGUUGUACCUACCAAAUCGAGCCUCCUCGUAUUGUUACUUUCCCUUUCCCUUUUUCCAACAACACAUUACAUCAUAACAUCAGUUUCUACGCCAUCUUCUGUCAUCAUGGCUACACCUCAUAUCAAAUCUCUAGAGAGUGAUUAUCCAUGGAUAACACCUUCCAUACCUCUUAUUACUUCGGCCCCUAUGAGACUGAUAUCAACUGCUCCUCUUGCUAUUGCAGUGUCUCGAGCUGUCGGUCUUGGUUUUCUCGGAUCUGGAACCGACGUUUCCACGCUACCCGACCUCUUAUCUGAGUGCACAGCAUCAUUUUCAUCAUCUCCGAUACCCAAUACCCCUCCAGAAAUCCUUCCCAUAGGUGUUGGCUUUAUCUGCUGGGGCGCCAGUCUCUCUGAUGCAAUCAAGGCAAUUGCAGAAUCAAGGCUGAAACCUGCCGCUGUUUGGCUUUUUGCUCCGGAAAGGAUUGAGAAUCUUGUAAGUGGGCUUCAUGAAACUAUUAACAGAAUUUGGUUCCCAUAAAGAGCAUUAUCUCAGUUUCACACCAGAACUAUUCCCAACUUCUUCUAGCGAGGCUCAAUUAACUUUACUCAGGUGACAUGGACAACCUCAAUCCGUGAAGCAACCAACAACCUCACAAAAAUAUGGAUCCAAAUCGGUACUGUAAAUGAUACCAACUACCUUGCUCAACACUGUAAACCAGACGUCUUCGUAAUCCAAGGAUCUGACGCCGGUGGUCACGGACUGAACCAAUCAUCAAGCAUUAUCACCCUCUUACCGGAAUGUUCAGACGCUCUCUCUCAAUCGGGAUUUGCCCAUAUUCCUCUCAUAGCAGCAGGUGGAAUUAUGGAUGCACGUGGUGCAGCAGCAGCCAUCAUGCUCGGUGCCAGCGGAAUCUGUAUGGGAACCCGUUUUCUAGCUUCCUUUGAAGCCGAACUUUCAAAAGGGUACCAGGACGCAGUAUUGUCUGCUUCUGAUGGAGGAGUGACAACCAAUAGAACUAGUGUUUACGAUCGUAUCAGAGGAACUCCUGGGUGGCCAUCAAGCUAUGGUGGUAGAGGUGUUUUAAACGAUACUUUUUGGGACAGUGAAAAAGGAUUGGAUGACGAACAGAAUAAGAGGCUUUAUGCGGAAGCGAGCCAGAAGGGUGACCUGGGAUGGGGGAUUAAGGGAAUAGGAGGGAGGAUGUGCACUUAUGCUGGGACUGGAGUUGGACUUGUGAGGGAGGUCAAGGGCGCGGAAGAGAUUGUCAAGGAGGUUAGAGAGGGGAUGAGGAAAUUGUUGAAGAUUGAAUAAUCGGCUAUCUGCUCAAGGAAUCUACUUUGUAAGAACAACCCCUACAUUCUCAACCUCAACAUCCCCAACACCCCAACCCACUCACUCAGACCUCACAUCAGUCCACACGCCCCCAGUCCUAAACCUCACCCAAUAAUACAAAUGAGUUUCCUUGCCGCCUCCCCAGCAAGUCACACAGAUAUCCAGCGUACCCCCCGCUUCCAUUGUCGCUCCUCGCGUCACGACUCCCUUGGUGCAUCUCACCGAGCACGAAAACGGCCAGUCGCCUUUCUCAUAUUCUUGUCGUGUGCGCGUCGCCAGGACUGGAUCGAUUACUAUUUUGUCCGGGUUGCUGUGUGGCGUCCUCCUGGCCCAGAGAAUUUGGAUGACCGGUAUACGGUUGGGUGGGAUGCGUGUGUAGGAUUGGAGGUUGGGGAUUUCUGUCGCGGGGAGCUGAGUCGUGGUUAGGCUUGUUAGGGUGAAGGGAGUGGGUUCUUGUUGUUCUUGGAGUUGUG